AUGUCGACAGCAUCUACUCAGUCCCGAGGAGUUAACCGACGGAUCAACAGUAUCCAAAAUGAGGGUCGCCAUUCGCGCAACUCCUCGCUCUCGCGCCGCCGCCCUCUCAGCGCCAACGUCGCUAGCAGCCACGCUCUCCGUGUAGCCUACCUGGCCUAUCUCCUCAGCCCUCGUUCGCGUCGCAUCCAAAAUGCCCCAGUCGCCCCCGCACGCCCAAAGCGGUCCUCCACCUCGAUCCACGAUUUGAUGAGCGACUUCUCCCUAAUCAGGGAUUCGAAAAGCACAAGGAUUCCCCAUGGAUUUGUCGGCGAGCUCGAAAAGCGGUUGACGGGGGUCUUGAUGGGCAAGGAGAAGAGGAAGGAAUAUCAGGAUCAUCUGGUGGUGCGCACCUUCGCUGCCUUCCUCAAUGCGCUGAAAGAAGAUUCAUUCAAAAAGCGCAUGGAAAAAGAUCGUCGCGCCGAAGAUCUCGUCCUCAUCUUCUACUCCAACGCCAUCAAGGAACUGAGCAAGGGGAAGGAACAUGACGAUGAUAGCUGGAAGCUCAUGGUGGAUCGACACGUUGCCCUAUUCGUGCGCCUUCUAGCGCUCACUCUCAAGGGCCACGGCCACGACUGGGCCAAGGACCGCCCGGAGCUGGCGAAUCGACUGUCAGUGCUGGAGAACAAGCUUCUACUGCAGGAUCAGGAUCUAAUGGAUGGUAAUGGCCCAGCAACAACGGAGGUCGUGGCCCAGCUGAGUUACGAUGUCAAGGAUAUGCCGCUGGUGCAGCAUGUAGCCAAGAUAUUUGGUAUGACAUCAAGCCAAGCCCAAUCGGAAAUCGAUAAGCAUAAGUCGGCGUGGAGCGAAAAGGCAGCAUUGCAAGAUCUCAAGACCUAUCAAACACAUCUCAACCUUCAAACUCGCAAAACUUUAUCGAGGGAUGACUUUGAGACGGACGAAGCUUUUGAAACAUGGAAGAAAAGCGAAGGACCCGAUCUCUCUCAGAUGAUGCUCGCCAUUGUUCAAUCUAACCCGGAGCUAGCAAAGAGUACACCCGGGGCACUUCCUGGAAUCAAUCCAGCUUCUGAAGAUGACUUAUUGAGGACGUCCUCUGGUCGUACGGCUCGGAUGUCUCAUGCCUUCGACCAACCCGUCGACUUAUCUGCGCUCUCAUUAGGCGGAGCGAACGAUUCUGAGGAAUCGGAUACAUACACUUUUAUCCCAUCUGAUCCCCGAGAGAUAUAUCGGCACAUUCUCUCCCAAGCUCUGAGCUAUGACCUACGGGAUCGAGAACUAGAGGCUACCCAGGCCUCCUCUGAUGCACCGUCGAUCAAGUUGCUGUCAAAGCAGUCUACAGAGCUGCUUAAUGAAAUAUGUCUCCGCUGGCGGAUCCCUAAUUUUUCCCGCGUCGUUUUAUUCAUCGACGUCAUUCAAUCCAAGUUCGUUGACAAUGAAAUCGAUCUCAACACCCUGGACUCAGCCUUCACCUUUGUGAAAGAGUCACCGGCUAGCGAGCCCCGAUCGAAGCGCAGCAGCAUGGCAGUUUCCUCUGUCUUUGACCGACAAAAAUGGACCGUUCAUGAUCUCCAAGCGAUGCAGGUGUCACUUUCCAAGCUUCAUGAAGCCAUGCUACGCGAACUCUACGACGUGAUGAUGGACUGCUUUGAGGCUAAACCACGUCCCCUUGGGCCUGUGAUGUACAUUCUUGAGAAUCAUAUCCAGGAGGAUCCAAGCUAUACAGAAGACCCGGAGGAUCUCGAUCGAUUCUCCUCGUAUGUGCAAGAUGGGCUCGCUCAGAAGGCGACGGAGAAGUACCAAAGUUUCCUUAGCCAGUUGGUGCCAGUCGACGGAGACAGUUGGGGGUUCGACAAUGUCAUUGAACUGGGAGACGCGCUCACAAAGCUUGCAACCAAGAUCCAGAAGCGGUACAGGAAUAACCCUGAGAUCAUGGGUGUCAACCCAUACACAACACUCUGCACCAAUGUCCUACAUCUCUUCGCUGAAGAUGCGCAUGAAAUGAUCAUCCGAAUCAUUGAACGCUCCAAAUCCAGAGGAGAAGAAAUUGACAUUGAUGAAGGCAUGGAUUUGUACAAGCAGCUUGCGAAGGUUCGCCGUUUAUUUCAUAAUACUAUCGAGGGAACUGAAUUUCCUUUCCACGUGGAAACUUUGUUGGAAGAAUUUGUUUGGAGGUGGCUUCGUUUAACGGAUCAGAGCGUCAUGGAAUGGGUCAAUCAGGCCAUCAAAAAGGAUGCCUUUGGUAUUGGAGAGGAAGACCCGGCUAAUUUGCCAUCCGACGAUAAUCGACACAGUGUCUCGGUAAUCGAUAUAUUCCGGUCAUUCAACGAAAUCGUGGAGAACUUGGUGCAUAUGGAGUGGGAUGACGAUCUUCAGUAUGCGAAAUUCAUGACCGCCCUCUCCAACUCAAUUGGCAAGGGCGUGGCAAAGUACUGCGAAUCUUUGGAGCAAAUGUUUGCCCGGGAGCUGGAUCGUCUCACCCCGGAACAGGAGGCGGCGUUGAAUCAGACUACUCAGGAGAAGCUCAUGCAGUUCGCCAAGGACACAUGGACUAACAAAGACAAGAUCGAGCCAUUCCAAUUCUCCUCCGAGUCACUGGUCAAGUUGAACAACAUCGAGUAUGCUCUCACCCAACUGGAUAGGCUUGAGCGUGAAAUCAAUGUCGAUGGAUGUGCGGAUGUCAUCGCAAAGAACACCCCUCCGCAGCUGAAGAAGGUGCGCAAGUCUACGACCUACGUUUUCACCAUCAAGGUAGUAGAAGCCGAGGACCUGAAAGCAUGCGACAUGAACGGUGGAAGUGACCCAUACGUGGUCUUGGCGGAUGAAUAUCAAAAACGAAUUGCAAAGACUCGAAUCAUCUAUAACAACCUCAACCCCCGUUGGGAAGACGCAGUGGACAUUACAACGCAAGGUCCUCUAAAUAUCAUUGCCACAAUCUGGGAUUGGGACGCGGUCGGUGACCACGACUAUGUUGGUCGAACAUCAAUCAAGCUUGACCCGGUCCACUUCAGCGACUUCCUGCCAAGGGAAUACUGGCUUGAUCUUGACACUCAAGGGCGUUUGUUACUGCGUGUCAGCAUGGAGGGUGAGCGCGACGAUAUUCAGUUCUACUUUGGCAAAGCUUUCCGCACGUUGAAGCGUACGGAAAGGGAUAUGACUCGCCGGAUUACUGAAAAGCUUUCUGCCUACAUCAGUCACUGUCUGUCACGUCGUACUUUGAAGUCUCUGUUAUCUCGAGGCAUCACCAUGUCAACAGUCUCCAAUUUCUUGAACCGAAACCGAGCACAGCAAGCCCCGACUGGGCCAACACCAGCCGAUGUUGAAAAUGCACUUGAUCCUCUAUUCAAUUACUUCAACGACAACUUCGCCAUCAUGAACAAGACGCUCACCGGCGAAGCCAUGAAAAUGGUAAUGGCCCGCCUUUGGAAAGAAGUCCUAGCCACGAUCGAAAGUCUACUCGUCCCACCAUUAUCCGACAAACCAUCCCACCAAAAGCCGCUAACGAUGCAAGAAGUUGACAUCGUCUCACGCUGGCUCGUAUUAUUAUUAAACUUCUUCCACGCCAUCGACGACGAAUCCGGCGAAGCAGGCGGCGUCCCCAUCGACAUUCUCAAAUCCCCCAAAUACCACGAGAUCCAAAGUCUCAAUUUCUUCUACUUCGAGCCAACAGAGAAUCUAGUUCGCACAUCGGAGCGAAUGGCUUCAGCAACAGCAAGUCGCCAACAAGCGAAUCGCAACCGCGCCUCUGCACCCGCUCAUCUCGGCGCCACGGGGCCUGGCCAUGGCGGAUUAGGAAUCCCCGCUGCCCGUCGCGCAAAGAGUAUCAUGUUGUCGCGUAAUCUAGGCACCAUGAAAAAGGUCAAGGAGGAGAAGCGACGCGAGGCACAGGCUGAUCCGAAUGAUGAUAUGAUUCUGCGGAUUCUUCGCAUGAGGCCUGAGGCUGCGGGGUAUUUGCGGGAUCGUAGUCGGCAGAGAGAGAGAUUGGCUGCCUUGGCUGCGGCGGACGCUAUUGUUAAGCAGAGCUUGAUGGCUGGGGUAGGGGGUCGGAUGAGUGGAACGAUUCCGAGACGCUGA